UUUCCGGGGAGAUUGCGGGGAGGGGGACGGGAUUGUUUCCGCGGGCCCCGGUGUGUCGGGGGAAGGUGCUCGGUGAACACCAAUUUCCGGUGGUUCGGGCUGCCGGUAGGUAGUGCAGCGGGGCCGGGCGGGGCGGCGCGGCGCGGCGGACGAUGCUGCCCAAUGCUCCUGGGAUAAUGGAUUGCUGACAAGGUUAAGACUCCAGAUGAGGGGAGAAACUGCAGAUAGUGGCCCAUGAUGGUAUAAUGCACAAUGAGCCUGAGACAACGAUGAUGACUCCCUAUUACUGACAACCUGACUCCUCUGGGACGUCCCUAUUUGCUCACUGCCACAAUGCCUGUGCAGGCUCCACAAUGGACAGACUUCCUCUCCUGCCCAAUCUGCUGCCAGACCUUCGAUGAGAACAUUCGCAAGCCCAUCAGCCUAGGCUGUGGACACACGGUCUGUAAGAUGUGUCUCAACAAGCUCCAUCGCAAGGCUUGUCCUUUCGAUCAAACCACUAUCAACACAGACAUAGACAUGUUACCUGUGAACUCCGCUUUGUUACAGCUGGUGGGAGCCCAGAUUCCAGAGCCACAGCCUGUCACCCUGUGUACUGGAGCAGAAAAUACCAAACACUAUGAGGAAGCAAAGAAAUGUGUGGAGGAACUGGCCCUAUACCUCAAACCACUUAGCAGCACCAGAGGUGUGGUGCUCAGCAGUGCAGCACAGAGCGUGCUGAGCCGGCCCAUGCAGAGGAAGCUGGUCACACUGGUUCACUGCCAGCUGGUGGAAGAGGAGGGCCGGAUCAGGGCAAUGCGGGCUGCGCGCUCGCUGGGAGAGCGCACCGUCACCGAGCUCAUCCUCCAGCAUCAGAACCCACAGCAACUCUCGUCCAAUCUCUGGGCAGCUGUCAGAGCCAGGGGCUGCCAGUUUCUCGGACCAGCAAUGCAGGAAGAAGCUCUCAAACUAGUCCUCCUUGCACUGGAAGAUGGCUCUGCACUCUCGAGGAAAGUCCUGGUGCUGUUUGUGGUUCAGAGACUGGAACCCCGAUUUCCACAAGCCUCAAAGACCAGCAUUGGCCAUGUGGUGCAGCUCCUGUACAGGGCAUCGUGUUUCAAAGUCACAAAGAGAGAUGAAGAUUCAUCUCUUAUGCAGCUGAAGGAGGAGUUCCGGACCUACGAGGCACUGCGACGGGAACAUGACUCUCAGAUUGUGCAGAUUGCCAUGGAGGCAGGGCUUCGCAUCGCUCCGGACCAAUGGUCCUCACUCCUUUAUGGAGAUCUGUCACACAAGUCCCACAUGCAGUCUAUUAUUGACAAGCUGCAGACACCAGCCUCCUUUGCACAGAGUGUUCAGGAGCUGACGAUCGCCCUGCAACGAACUGGGGAUCCUGCCAAUCUGAACCGGCUUAGGCCACACCUGGAACUACUAGCCAACAUUGACCCCAGCCCAGAUGCCCCUCCUCCAACAUGGGAGCAGCUGGAAUUCGGGCUGGUGGCUGUAAAGACCGUCGUGCAUGGACUGGUGGAUUUUAUACAGAACCAUAGCAAGAAAGGAACAGACCAGCAGCAGUCAGCACAAAGCAGCAAGUACAAAACGAGUAUGUGCCGAGACCUGAGGCAGCGGGGAGGCUGCCCUCGAGGAGCAAGCUGCACCUUCGCCCACUCCCAGGAUGAACUCGAAAAAUUUCGCAUGAGGAACAAGCGGUUAGCAGCUGGACGGCCCCUCAGCCAAUCCCUCACCCAGCUCAGCAAGGUGGGAGGGGUGAUGUCGGUCACAUCCAACAGCUUGUCAGACGAGGGCUCCUUGGAAGCCGGCACGAAGCCCGUGUCCAUUCAGAACGGCAUGGUAGCCGCAAGCAACAGCAUCGCACAGCUGAUAUCCCGAGGGACGGACUGCGCCUAUGACAUUGCCGUGAAGCCGGGCAAAAUGGGCGACAUGAGUAUGAGUGCACCAGGAUCGGUGUCGGGAUCUCCCCCGGACUCCAGGAUCGAUUUGCCACAGAAGAGCUCCCUUGGUACGGUGCCAAUCAGUGCCCUCUCCGUGCCACCGCGAAUAAGUGCCGAGAUGCCACCCAUGCCGGUCUCCAAGCAGAUCCAGAUGGUACCACGGGGAUCACAAAUGUACUCCCCUGGCCAGCAACCUGAUGUGUACUACCAGGACCCGAGGAGCUCAGCUGCUUCCUAUGAGCCACCACAGUAUCCGCCAAACCUUUACUACUCUCACCACUCGUCCGGAUCUGUGACACCCUACCUACCGCACUACAGACGGGCAAGCAACGUACCAGAACCCCCUCUGCCUCCUUCCAGUCUCCAGUACCAGGACCAUUACCCAUCCUACAUUCAGGAGAGGAUGGGAAGCUCUCAGUACUCCAGCCCUCAGCAGUACCAGCUGGCACAACCGGUUUCAGGAAUGUACCCUCCCCAUUACGAUGGGCGGCGGAUCUACCACCCUCCACAGUCUUACCCGAGGGAGGAUAUGCGAAACAGCCCAAUACCAGUUGACGUGCCAUCUGCAGUAACCAACUGCAUUGCAGAGCCGAGGGAACGCUAUGCUCCUGAAAGCUACUAUACCAUGAGCUCACACCCCAGCCAGAUCAGGCCUGCAUACAGGGAUCCUCACAGCAGGGUGCCCCAGCACCAACCUCAGCCCCAGCCAAGUCUGGAUUACCUGCACCGACGAAGGAAAGAACUCAUGGCUCAGCUGGAGGAGCGGAAAACCAUCUCUCCACCCCCCUUCCCCCCGACAGCAGUGAUGCCAUCUUCAUUUGUGGAUGUUUCCCCGGAGUAUUCCGAUGAGGACCUAAAAUCAGUGAAGAAGUACAAGGACCAUGAUUACACUGCUCAGUACUCGCCCUGGUCUUGUGACACAAUUAGUUCUUACAUUGGCAGCAAAGAUGCACAGCCCAAAGACAUUAUGACUUCCAGUGGCCUGGAGAUGACGAAUGUUGACGGUAAAGGCCUGCGGGAGCAGCUGAUGAAUCUCGACAUUCAGAGGAGAGCCUCUGAAAACAAGGAGGAGGAUCCCAUCAUCCCGUUUGGGGAGCUGCCGACUGUUUCGAAAUUUGGUGCCAUUUCCCGCACUUCCAAAACCAGCUAUCAGACAACGGGGCCAGUGCAAGCUAUGGCUUCACAAAGCAUUGCCACCAAGCCCAUCAGUGUCUCAGAUUACAAUCCAUAUGGAAACCACAACAGUUGGACAAACUCACCAGCCUCGUACUCUCCUCACCAAACCUUACAUACUCAGGGACAUUUCAUUGACAGAGAGAGGCUGAACAUGCAGGAAAUGACACCCCAUGGGAAGCACCCUGUACCCCACAUACCUCCAACAGACCGGGACCAACUGAGGCUGGAGCUGCAACAAGUCAACCAGCAGAUCAGCCAGCAGAGCCAACUCCGAGGGCUGGAGGCCGCCAGUAGCCCAGUGCUGGGCCAGCGGGAGGUAGGCAGCCUCACCCCACAGCAGCACAGCUCCUGGCCCAGCCGGAUGUCCAGCGAGCAGCUGAGCUUGGAGCUGCACCAGGUGGAGAGGGAGAUCGGCAAGAGGAAACACGAGAUGGAGGCGGAGAGUCGGCCCUCAUUGGAAAUGCAGUAUAAAUUGGCAUCAAGCCAUCAGGCAGAGAAUGGACAGCCUGAGCAGCAACACAAGCCCCCAGAGGACAUGCAACCUUCCCUCAGUGAGGGAUGCAAAGUCGGGGCCUCUGGCUUCACUUCAGACAGCUCCGUCAGCGCACUGACCAGCAAAGCCGCCUCUCUCAACCUGGCCCUUGACACAGAGGGAGCAGGGGACCACUGCGACAGCCAACAGAACGGCCUUUAAACGAACGGAGACAGCAACUGUCCUGGACAAGUCCACCCAACAUCUUGUUAAAAUAUACAGCACUGCAACCAAUGGACUUGGCACACCACUCAUCUAGAUGCAAUGCGUCAAAGUAGCAUCGAGUUUUUUUUUUUGUUGUUGUUUGUGUGUGUGUGUGUGUGUGUGUAAACUUUAUUUUAUUAGCAUGCAUGCCUUGGCUUGCAAGGCAUGGGACAUAUCCUUAUGAUUACCUGGUUAAUCUUAGUGAAGUAAUCUCACCUUAUGUACCCCAACUUCAGAACUGUGCCUGCAACAGCGCAAGUUAAUGAAGUCACAUUCCCAUGGGAUUCUGAGAUGAUGUGACGAAGGUCAACGUCACAGAUGGAACCUUUUUAGUUCCACCGCAGUGAGGAGCAAAUACUUCCGCUAACAAAUGUAAUCGAAAGCUGUUACUUUCUGACAGAAAGAAGCUCUGACCUCUUUCUUCGUGCGACCUUCCUCAGAAGGCUCAGCC